AUGCCGCCCAUCAGCCUUCGCCCGGGCCUGGAUCAUGACGUCUACCAGCUCAUCAAGAUCCUCGAAGAAAAAUCGAACGACGGAAAACCCUUCAGAUCGGUUACACACGCCUACGAUGCCGUCAAACAUUCCAACUCGUCGCUGAGUCGCAAGAAGAAGCAGGUCCUCAACGACUCAAUUGAUCGCGCGCUGCAAGUGAGGAAGCAGGAGCUGCGGGAGGACUCUUCAGACUCGGAGGCCGCUCUCGAGGAAGCUGACGAGGAGAUCAGUCAACAAGAGGAUCAGCGGUUCCAGCUCAAUCUCCAGAUGACCAGGCACUGGAAUACGAAUACAACCUCGAGCUCGCAUGCGUCGAAGAAGCGUCGGAUACAGGCUGAAGAUGGGGACCAAAAUACUUCACAGAGUGCUAGGGAAAAUGGAGAGACGCCUACAUCGCGCGCUAAUGGGACCGUGAACGAUAAGAGCAUCUCGGAGAUCACACACAAGACGCCCUCUCAGAAGAAGACGCCAAGACCUACCCGUUACAAGGUAGAGCACGUAUCAGAGCCAGUUCGCCUGGGAGGCCUUGACCAAAUCCGAGAUGGGCUACUGCUUCAGCUAGAGUCGAUGUUGAAGGGCGAGCAUUUUUGGGGACCCAGAAAAUUGGAGAAAAUUUCUGGAAUACUUGUUUCAGGACCAACAGGAGUCGGGAAAACAUCCCUGGUGCGGUCAAUAGCUUCGCAGCUCGAGGUACCGAUUGUGUCCGCAGCCGAAUGCUUCGACAACCAAGAGCGGAUGGAGAAGAGCUUUACAGAGGCCGUAGACGAGGCCAUGCGACUAGCUCCGUGCAUAAUGCUUGUCGACGACCUUGAUCACUAUGCUUCGAAGCCAGGAAGUGCCAAGCACGGCGACAGCCACAUGCAGAUGGUCAAGCUUUUUCAGCGACAGGUGGAGAGGAUGCGCAAAGAGUCUAGUCACCACCCCGUGGUCCUUAUGGCGACAACGUCAAAUAUCACCGAUCUACAUUCAGAAAUGACCAAGUGCGGCUGGUUCGAGCAAACCAUCUCAAUCAAGGUCCCCGAUGCCGCAACGCGGAGGGAAAUAUUCAGCGCAGUCUUACCAAAUUCAGAUAUCCUUGAAGAUAUUGAUAUCGAGAAGCUGGUAAAAUACACAAAUGGCUAUGUGGGCAGCGAUAUCAAGGCACUUAUUCGUGGUGCCGCACAGCGAGCCGCUAUUCAAUUUUUUCAGAUCACGGACGAGAACGGCCCCUCAGGCGAGAAUGUAGCCAUUUCAGGCAACGAGAGACCUGGCUCUCGCCUUUCAAUGAAGGAUUUUCUUCUUACAAUCGAAGAAUUCACGCCCUCGCUUCGAAAAGAGGGAUUCACCGCCAUCCCCAAUGUCAGUUGGGAUGAAGUAGGCGCCCUCAAACAAGCACGCAAGCAACUCACCACAUCAAUCAUCGGACCCAUCAAACAUCCCGAACAGUAUCUAAACUGGGGUAUCAACAAACCGUCUGGUGUGAUUCUAUGGGGACCGCCAGGCUGCGGAAAGACUCUGAUCGCUCAAGCCGUUGCCAACGAAGCCCAGGCCAGUUUCAUCCUCAUCAACGGGCCUGAGCUUCUUAACAAAUACGUGGGCGAGUCCGAGCGGGCAGUAAGAGAACUCUUCGAGCGUGCGCGCCUGUCAGCCCCGUGCAUCCUCUUUUUUGAUGAAAUAGACUCGCUGGUGAGCCGCAGAGAAGGCUCGUCCUCCGAGUCGGGCGUCCGGGUGGUGAACGCCCUCCUGACCGAGCUAGACGGCGCUCGCGGCCGGAAGGGCGUGUACGUCAUUGGCACAACCAAUCGCCUCGACAUGAUUGACGAGGCGAUGCUUCGUCCCGGACGUCUUAACAAGCACAUCUACGUCGGUCUUCCAGACGCAGACGAGCGGGUGGACAUCCUCGAAACAAUCGUGAGGUCUAGCCGGCCACACACUUCACAGGCUGAGCUUGAUUAUCUAGCAAAGGUAGCGCGGGACAUCCGAUCUUCCAGGUUCAGCGGUGCCGACUUACACGCGCUAUUUGUCGAGGCGGCCGAACACGGAUUAAGCCGUUCCUUUGACGAUAAUGUGCGGCAGUUUACAGAGGCCGACUGGGAGUAUGCGCUCAAUAACACAAAGCCAAGCGUACAAAAUACAAUAACGUGA